AUGCCGAUAUUCGACACAUGUGAGAAAAACCGAGGCCGGUUGAACCGUCCAAUUUCCUGCAGCAAUGGAGAGAACAAAAUCAUGCCUGAGUUCGAAAUGUUUAAAGAAGCAACACCUCGGGCCCCCAUGCCUACUGGUGGAAAUCUUGCUGUGAUGAAUAUUAACAUGUAUGAGAAAAUAAACAGGCUUUCCCAUCACACUGAUGCAUACAAGCUUAGCAAACUGAUCAUCCGUCGGGGUCAAGAGUUCAUCAUGGGCAUUAUCUUCAAUCGCAAAUUUGACCCGAAAACAGACUUGUUUGUUAUUGAGUUCCUGAUUGGAAAGAACCCCGUCCGUACCCAAAAGACGUUAAUCAGCUUGACCCCUGGUGAAAAUAAACAGAUCAGUAAUUGGGGCGUCCGUGUGGUGGAGACCAUUAACACCGAGACUAAGUUGGGCAUCACACCAGCUGCUGACUGCAUUGUGGGUCUGUAUAGCACUUAUGUAACUGUUAUAACCAAUGCUGGAAAACAACGCUCUCAAAGAAAUCAGACAACAGACUUCUAUGUGCUGUUCAACCCCUGGGCGCAGAAGGAUCAGGUUUACCUGAAAAAUGAGGAAGAGCGGCAGGAGUAUGUGCUGAAUGAUGUGGGAAUGAUCUUCAACGGAGACUAUAAUAAUAUUGGCAGCCGACCAUGGAAUUAUGGACAGUUUCAGAGUGGAAUUCUGGAAGCUUGCAUCUUCAUCCUGGAUUUUGGGAAAAUGCCCCUCCAGUACAGAGAUGAUGCUGUAAAAGUGGUUCGGAAAGCCUCAGCUAUGAUCAACUCCCUGGAUGAUGAUGGAGUCCUAGUAGGUAGCUGGAGUGAUGACUUCAUGCUUGGUACUGCGCCCACGGCCUGGACUGGCAGUGUAGAGAUUCUGAACCAGUAUUAUUCGGAAGGCGGUGUGCCUGUCAAGUUUGCCCAAUGCUGGGUGUAUGCUGGAGUGUUCAACACUUUCCUACGGUGCCUUGGCCUUCCUGCGAGGGUGAUUACCAACUAUGCCUCUGCGCAUGACAACAAUGGUAACCUGCAGACUAACAUUGUGCUGGACGAGGAUGGGAGUCUGGACACAAAAGUCUCAGACACCAUUUGGAACUUUCACUGUUGGAAUGAGGUGUUUUUGAAGAGGAACGACAUACCUGAAAAGUACUCAGGCUGGCAGGUGGUGGACUCCACUCCUCAGGAAAUCAGCGAGGGUUAUUACCGCUGUGGUCCUGCAGCUGUGGCAGCCAUCUACAAUGAAGCUCUGGGCUAUGCGUUUGAUGCAAAAUUUGUGUUUUCUGAGGUCAACAGUGAUGUGGUCUACCAUAAAAAAGACAAGUACGGAAACAUGAAUGUCAUCUAUGUGGACAAAACCUAUGUCGGAAAGUUGAUUGUGACCAAAAUGAUUAGCUCCAAUGAUUAUAAUGACAUCACAAAUUCUUACAAAUAUGCUGAGAGAGUGUCACGGCGGCAGAUACAGAUGCAAGUGCAGGACCCUGAUGUGCAGCUGUACACCCAGGCCACCAAAAACAACAAGGACAUAAUGUUAACCAUGACGUUUAACAACCUGAGCAAUGAGCAACGCACCAUCACCUGCAAAAUCACUGGCAAAGUGGAAUACUACACUGGAGCCACCCGGACCCAGUUCAUGUUCCUCACCCAUGAGGUUUCUCUCCAGCCUUUGGAAUCUAAGCAGGAGGUCAUCACGGUGACAGCAGAUGAGUACAAGAACAUCAUCAUAGGCCAGUCUUUCCUGUGCUUUCUUGUGUAUGGCUUCAUUAAUGAGACCACCAUGUCUCUCUCUGCCAUGGAAUCAAUCCAUCUGGGCACCCCGCAACUUUUCCUUGAGGUACAUACAUGCAGGUGCAUCUAA